GGUGCGCAGAAUCAGCGAUCAUCUCCAUCGCGUCACCUAGCGACCCCAGACGUAAACUUAAAAACCGAUAUCUCAAGAUAUUUCCCGUGUUUAACGUUGUGGUUGGAACCUGUUUUCGUUUUGUAAAGAACAAUGUAAUGCGGGUUGUUGGGUUACUUUGCGUAAACUCGAUACCGCCUACACUAAAAAUUGUGGUUGACGGUAACUUAGGCCACUUGGUGACAGUGACCAAAACAAAUGUCACCCAGAAUCUCUGAUGUCUAACGCCAGUGUAGCACGUUAACAUCAGAACUGGUUGAAGCUGAAUGACCGCUUAUCUAAGCGCUAGUGUAAACUGUUUUGCUCUCACAGUUCUGUUAGCGUCAGUCUACUAAUUUGCCACUGAUAAACUUCCAUGGCGGAUGACGGGCGACGCGGGGAGGAGGAUGAGCGUGGUCCCGGGGCUGCUUACCAAAUGUUCGUGGUCAUGGAAGACCUGCUCGACAAGCUCAAGGUCCUGAACUACGAAGAGGAAGUUCUGGCCAAGCACAAUAUGAAGGCUCUCUCCAGACACUACUUCGCCGCGAGCCCCUACACGCCGUCCAACCCCGGAGAGCAGUUCUACAUGUUCACGGUGAUCGCCGCGUGGCUCAUCAGCGCUACCGGGAGACCCUUCGAGGCGCCGCAGGAGUAUGACGACCCCAACGCCACUGUGUCCAACAUCCUGUCACACCUCCGGGCCCUGGGAGGCCAGGUUGAUUUCCCUCCUGCAAAACUGAAGUCUGGAUCAGGGGAACACGUGUGUUACGUUCUUGACCAGCUGGUGGAAGAGGCCCUCAAAUAUAGAGGAUUCAGCUGGAAGAGGCCAGUGUAUCCAGCAGAGCAGCAGGGGGAGGAGCGUGUGAUGGAGGACGAUGCUGAAGUCACACUCAGCAGAGUACAGGAGGAGAUGACCGAAGAUGCUGAUGAGUUGGAGGAAGAGAAUGUUCUGGACUUAGAGGCCCUGAAAGCACGCUCCAAUCAGAACGAAGGAAGUACUUCCAAACCAGAGAUGAUUCUAGAAUCUCAGACGGACGCAGCCGAAUGGAACCUGGAAGUGGAGAGAGUUCUGCCCCAGCUGAAGGUCACCAUACGCACCGACAACAAGGACUGGAGGAUACAUGUAGACCAAAUGCACCAACACCAAGAUGGCAUCAAGAGCUCACUGAAGGAGGCGAAGAGUUAUCUGGAUAAGCUGCAGGAGGACAUCAGUAAGACUCUGGAGAAAGUGACCAGCCGAGAGAAAUACCUUAACACUCAGCUGGAGCACCUCAUCACUGAGUACCGAACCGCCCUAUCACAGCUCAGUCAGGCCAAAGAGCUUUAUCAGCAGGGCAGUGGUGGAGUUACAGAGAGAACCAGAACUCUAGCUGAGAUCAGUGAGGAGUUGGAGAAGGUCAAACAGGAGAUGGAAGAAAAGGGCAGCAGCAUGUCAGAUGGAGCCCCAGUGGUGAGGAUCAGGCAGAGCUUGACUAAGCUCCGUCAGGAGAGUCAGCAGAUGGAUGUGCGGAUGGGGGUGGUGGAACACACACUCCUGCAGGCCCGCCUGCACCAGAAGAACACCAUGACCCGGGACAUGCACGCUACACACACACUCCGACACACACACCUACUGACACACACACACACACACACUCACACACACUCCUGCAGGCCCGCCUGCACCAGAACACCAUGACCCGGGACAUGCACGCUACACACACACACUCCGACACACACACACACACACACACACUCUUGCGACAUGCACACACUUUUUAAUAGAAUGUAAAAAUAUGUCCUGUAAAAUUUGAAUAUUGUUUUUAUAUUGCUCUGAAUAAAAUUCCAAGUUCAAACACG